UGCUCUCGUUUCCUGUCUUAUUCAAUAAUCGUUUCGAAAAGUUGAGGAAAAAAAUUCACAAAAACUAUUUUCUCGAAAAUGAUCAUCAUAAAAAAAUUGCAUGGAUACAGCUAAUGUUGUCUAAAAAGCUGUUAACAGGAGGCUGAGUUUUGUACUGAGCUAAUGAGCUGGUUCUGAUAUGGCUACUACUUGUAGUUUUUUGAACAGCAAACAAGAAUCCUCAAGUAAUUUCGAUAAACUUUCUGAGAUUGGUCGUGGUGCUUAUGGAACUGUGUAUAAAGCACGUGACCGAAAAAGUGGGCAGUAUGUAGCUAUGAAACAAAUUCCUCUUCCAAAUUCUAAAGAAGGUGUUCCAACUAGUGCAAUAAGAGAAAUCGCAGCCUUACGUAGAAUGGAAAAUUUUGAACAUGAAAAUAUUGUACGGUUUCUGGAUGUCAUCGUUAAUGAUUCUGGUGGAAGAACCUAUCUUACGCUUCUUUUUGAAUACAUUGACCAAGAUCUAUCCAGUUUUCUUGAAAAAUACCCUUCUCCAAGUUUGGAACAAGAUAUAAUUCGGAACAUGAUGAAACAGCUACUCAGUGGUAUUGAUUUUCUCCAUUGUCAUAAAGUUGUACACAGAGACUUGAAGCCACAGAAUAUUCUAGUAACCAGAAAUGGUUUGUUAAAAAUUGCAGAUUUUGGUCUGGCACGAAGUUAUACUUUUCAAAUGACUCUUACUGCAGUGGUCGUAACGUUAUGGUAUCGUGCCCCUGAAGUCAUUCUACAAGCUCAGUACGCUUCACCUGUUGAUUUGUGGAGUUGUGGUUGUAUAUUUGCAGAACUUUUUAACAGAAGGCCUUUAUUCUGUGGACAGUCAGAAAUUCACCAGUUAGCAAAAAUAUUUGAAAUUCUUGGAUUACCAUCCAAGGAAGAAUGGCCAGAAAAUGCAGUUUUACUAUGGAGUUCAUUUACUCCUCAACUGAAAAAACCUUUAGAAGAAUGUGUUCGUGAAAUAGGACCUCUUGCCAAGGAAUUAUUAACGGGGCUGCUUACCAUUAAUCCUAAAGACAGACUAAGUGCCAAACGUGCCUUAAACUAUGCAUACUUUCAUCAAACUCCCUCCCACACAACCACAGAAAACUCCAAUGCAAACCACGCAAUGAAUUCAAGUAACUCAACUAAAAAUAAUACAAACAGCUUUAAUGUUUCUAGUAAUUUGACAACUGCAACAUCAAUUUCAAAUCUACAAACUCCUAGUAAUUCUAUUACUGCUACACCGGGACCAUCACAAAAACAUUCACUUGUAAGCACAACACCUGUAACGACAACUCCCAAACCAGCAGAUAAUUUCGGCAGAAGCAAAAUAGUAAGCAAGAUUAUUGCUUGAACCUCUGUUUUGAACUCUCAUCCAUAUUAGAUACUGUUAUGAUCAUAUAACAGAAUACAUUACCAAUUUAUUUUCAUUGUUGUUUAUAAAAAUUGUGUAAAAAUACAAAAUAUGUAAUUAUUUUUCGACAAAUGUCUACUCUGAGGUGUUUUUAUGUCAAUAGCGAAGUGAGUAGGUUAUAGUUAAUUUUGAAGUUUGACCCUUGGUGGGAGUGUGUUACUUGUGGAUAUUGUCUCGUUAAGGAAGGUGUUGGUUUUUGUUGAGGUUAAAUCUACCUAAUGAAGACAUGGAAGUAACCUGACAGAUCUUUUAUGAAGCUAGUUAACUUAUUGAAAUGUCCAUUCCCAUGGAGUCUUCUACAUUGUCUGCUAAAUUCAUUAAACAAGGAAAAAAAAAAAGCAAAAAAAAAAGCAAAAAACAAUCUUCAUUGUCUAUGUCUUAAAAAUUUAGUAAAAUUAGGUGAUAAUCCAGUAACUCUGAAUAAUAUA